GUUUUCGGUCUAAAAGAUAGAACCAUGAUGAAGAGGGUCAAGAGGAAGGAGACGACCGGGAUCAAUCAGCAGCCUCUAACGACGAAAGAAGAUAAAGAUGAAAACGAUCCGUUUUCGAUUAUUCCUCUGGAUCUAAUCGUAGAGAUUCUCCUGAAAGUUCCUACCAAAUCUGUAGCUAGUCUUGUCUUCGUUUCAAAACAAUGGUUAUCCAUAAUCAGUGGCAAAUGUUUUAUCAAUCAGUACCUUGCUCGAUCUUCACCUUCACCUCGGCUUCUUUUCACAGUCUUCGGCUUCUACGCGCCAGUGCAGUUCUUACAUUCAUGUUCCCAGGUUGAUCCAUCUUCUGACCGUCAUAGGUUAAACAUAAAUCCAGAUAAGAAGAACCAUCAGAAUGCUUUUUCUCCACCAAUCCGCGGCUUGAUCUGCCGUCAAAUGGGUUCUAGAGUGAUGAUAGGUAACCCUACCACGGGCCAAUUCUUAACGUUGCCUAGACUCAAAACUACAAGAAGAGGUGUGUUAUCCUUUUUUGGGUAUGAUUCAGUGAAUGAUGCAUACAAAGUGUUGUCCAUGACUGUACUACAAGGUCAUCAAAAACGUGAAUCACAAGUUGUGGCCGAAGAUCAUCAAGUGUACACUCUAGGAGGAGGAGCCCAAAAUAAAUGGAGAAUUGUUGAGUGUAAGCAUCCUCAUCUUCCUCCUACUCCUUCUCAUGUUACUAAUAAAGGGAUAUGUUUAAAUGGGGUACUGUAUUAUUAUGCUUGGAUAAAAAAUGAAGGAUCCUUGAUAAGCUUCGAUCUGAUAUCUGAAGAGUUUAAUGUCACUAAGUUACCUGAGGAUAAUCCUUGCAUAGUGAACUACAAUGGAAAGGUAGCUAUAACUAGUUGGCCUACCGCUGACGGUGAAGUUCACUUGUGGGUUCUAGAAGAUGCCACUACGCAACGAUGGUCUAAAGUUUCAAUCGUUGUUCCUUCUUGGACAGCAUUAGGUGGAAAAAAUCAUAGCUUCAGGUUCAGGGGUACAGUUAGUACUGGUGAGCUUAUAUUCUCACAGCGGUGUCCCAAUAAGGCGCCCUUCUUUUUCAUCAGUUACAAUCUCAAGGAACACAGAGCCCAAAAAGUCGUGGUUAGUGAAUUUGGAGGUCCCUAUGAUGACACCGAAGUCUAUUUUGAUCAUGUUGAGAGUCCUAUGUUCUGUCAAAUCUAAGUUAAUCCUUUUCUAUUUUUUUUGUUGCUUUUCAUUGAAGAUCUCAGACAGAUUGUAGUUUUGUGUAGAGUAA